GAGAACCCACCUCGCCGUAGUUCACUUUUACGCAGAGGAGAUGAGCGCUCGGAUACCAAAAUCCAACCCAGCCAUGAAAUUGAUAUUGGUGAGUACUCAGAGUUUUUGCAGCUCUUCUGGUCUGUCCGCUGGUCUAAAGGAACACAUAGAAGUUUCUGAUUGAGGGGGAAAACUCGUUUCUUUUAACUCCAACGAUUACUCUCUUACAGGGGUAUAAGCGUGACAAGAACUAUUAGACUGUUGGACAACACGUGAUUUCAUAUAUUGAGGAUGUGGCCAUGGGCGCUCGCUUGUGUCCAGAUUGAUUAAAAAUGGUGGUUAAAUAUUUGCUAAUACUAUUAUGUGCAAUCGGAGCGUACUGCACACGGUUUGUGAAACUGGUUGCAGGUGCCAAUCACAAAGUCUGUGCGCUUUCCCAACGGUGUCCCCGACACAAUUAUUGUUAGUUGACUUAUGUUCUCGCUUUAUGUGGUAUCAGGAUGAGUUUGUCUUUCCCCGGCUCUUGAGGAUAUACUUCAUACCUCAUAAUGUGGGGUUACUAUAGUUAAUCAGAGUCUUUCCUGUCGUACCUGUUUUACCAUGAGAUCCAUUUAAAUGUUAUUUGCACAGCAUCUAAACUUCCCUAAAGGAAAAUCCCUCCACUUUGGUCUCUGAUAUUUGUAUACUAUACUUGCAUGACACUUAAUAUGGGAAAACAGAUUUCAGUCUCUCUGGGAAAGUUUUCAUUUCUGCUUUAAAAUGCCAAAUAGUGAAUGUAGGGCAAAUACACCCAAAUCCAGUUAGUAAAAGCUGACAUAAUUAUGAUGUAGACCAGACAAAACAACAGUUGACCGUAAAAAGCAGGCCCAUAGACAGCCCUGCAACAUAAACUUGUGCAGGUAGUCAUCAGUUUUGUUGACACAUUCACUGGGGAUGCCAAGUUAAGUUUGUGUUGUUUGUAUAGUGGAUUAAAUCAUACUGAACUGUCUUUGUAAAGAGUCCAGUGUCUCUAUGUUGACAGAUUGAAGAAUAUAUAUUGAAUUUCUGCAUUUCUCCAGGGGUUAUAUGAUAAGAGAAAUACAUUUUUAAAAAGCAGAAUAAGCUUAAUUUUUUUAUUUUCCAGAAUGCAGUGGAAUGAUAAAUGAUUUUUUUUAAUUUGUUAUUUUCCUUUAAUGAUAAUUAUAGCUCAUGUUUUCUUUUUUGUACACUGCUGUGAGUGUUUGAGACCCACAAAUGGACAUAGAAACAACAUCUUAGAUUUUCAUCACUGACCCAGAGUUUAUUUUGGGUCUUUUUGCUUGCUUUUACUGAAAUGAAUGAAACUUCAGAGUAAGAUUACAGGCAUGGCAUGCUGCCAGAAGAUGGUGUUUACAGUAAGUUUGUCGUUGAACUAAUUUGUUCUACAGGGUUUUACGUGUGUGCCAAAGAGGGGUGAAGAUCAGUUAGUUCUUUUGGUGUGUUUUGCAUGUAGAGCUGCAAUGGGGCCUCUUGCAGGUUUUGCAUAUGCUCAUUCAUAGAUGUAUAUCAGGGCAGAGACAGAUAACACAUAGUACAAAACACUACCUGUCAUUGUGGCCUGUGCGUGCUUAUGUCUUUGUUAUGUGAGGAAAAAGAGGUGGUGUUUUGAGAUUUGCAUGGUCAGUGAGUGAUGUUUUGUGUAAUAUGUGCAGCUUCAGUACGGUAUAAAUAAAAGCAUGUGCAUAUAUAGUUCAUGCCAGCAUUUCAUGUGAUUUCACAGUUAUUCCUUUUCUGCAGAGCAGACUGCAUGCAGAAAUCUUCCUAAAAUGGGCAAAUAUCCUUUUUCUGCACUUUACAUAGCGUUUUUGUGUCUAUCCACCAUUAAUUUAUCGGUCAGUCAUUUUGGCAUCCAAAAGGAAGUACUUAGUUCGCCAAAUAAUGACUCAUUGGUCAUUUUGGACUGUCAGCAUUCAGCCAAAAAGUCAAUCUUCACCCCUCUGAAUCCCCCAAAUCAUUCAGCCUGUUUAUCUCCCUGUCAGCACGCCAAACAACCCGCCACUCAGUCUGUCUGUGCAUAAUUCUAUGUUAAAGGGACACGCUGCAAUUUCGUCCAAAACAUUGUUUAGGCUUAGAAGGUCAAAGAUAAAUACACCCCAGCACCUGUGUACUCUUCCUUUUUCCCAGCAUGCAACUAACACAUCUGGCUGUGGUCUGUCUGCUGGAAAGACACCCUUUUUGUUUGGGUGCUUGCCCAGGGUGAUGUCAGUGGAAAUUGGACAAAAUUAGGUUAUCUUGUCAGUCUUACAGAUUUUAUGGAGAAGACGUGUGUAUCCAAAUGUAAACAAUGAUUUAAGAGGGAAAAGUGACAUUUAAGUGGACAGAAUAAUGUAAAUGAGGGAGAGGUUUAACAAGGCUUUUUAUGCAGUGUGCUUGUCAUUUAUCCAUAUCCAUCUAUCCUACAAUCCAGCCACUGAUUCCCAUGUUGGAGCAAGCCUUUCUCUAUCUCAUCUCUAUUAUUAUCUUUUAUCUUUUAUCUUUGCUCCCUUUAUCUUUACACCUACUCUCUCUCACUCUCCCUUGUGUCCGUUGUCACAAGCUGCUCCAACUUCCCUAAAUCUGCAGCAGGCACAGGUGGACGGUAGAAGUCACACAGAGGUCACUUAGCUAAAAGGACUCAAUAUGAUUUCUAUUUUUUUAUAUGCAAACAGUGCAGAAAAAGUGAGGAAGUGUGUGUGACAGGGGGAAGGCAGGGACAUAAAGAAGGCGUGUGAUGAACCCGAAGCCCCAAAAAACAAACAAGCAUAAAUGUUGAUUCUGAAAGCAACGAUCACUGAAGUCUGCACACCUUACUUCCUCUUUUCCAUCAACAGUAGUGCAGAUAGCAAAGGUGUACACAUGCGUGUGGGUGUGUUGGUGUGUGGCACAGUUGUAAUGAACUCAUUGAUCCAGUGUAAUUGUGUGUGAUUACUCAGUGAUUAUCUGAUACAAAGAGCAGAGAGUGUGUAGGCAAAAGAGUCACGGUUGUUGUAUUAGCUUCUCUAUUUUAUCUUACAACUGUGUGAGUCAUAUUAAAAACAGUAUGACUCAUCUGAUGCAAAUGUUGGUAGUGAAAGUUUAUCUGGCACCACAUGUGUUUGGUAAGACCAUGCUGCUCACAGGUUGUCAUUUAAAAGGUGUCAGGCAUUUCUCCUUUAGUUUUUCUGUUAAUUUUGUAAUAAAACAUAAGAGUCUUGGUUAUCUAGCUGCAAGUGUGGUAGGAGAAUUAACCAUAAAGCAUGGGAAACAUGAUGCCUUGACUAGUGAAAUUUCUAGAAUUAAAAAGAUUUAAGCAAGAAUACGGAAGCAAAGUAUGAGAAAUUUUAAUACUAUCUCAAUAUACUGCUUAAAGCAACAUGUUUUGAGGAGGUGUAGUGAGGUAGUCAGGCGCCUGGUUUCCUUUACUUUUUUUUUUUUUUUUUAACAUAUAAGAUCAAAAAUUUGAAAAUAUAAGUUGAGUAGUGGAUUUGCAAAAGGAAACACAGUAUUCUGUCAAAUGUAUUCUAUAAAUUCCUUAGUCUUUGCUUUAAACAUAUUUCAGCAUGUACACAUUUCUGAAAUAGUGUAGAAGGUUAAAAUAGAAGGAAUCUAAAGAGAAAACUCAGCAUAAUUUAGUUUGCUUCAUUCAGCCCCUGGCUGUACUUUUGCCAUUCUGUUCACAUUGCUCAUUCAUAAAGAAUGAAAACCUGACUUUAAACGGGCAACGUGGUCAAAUUUCUGAACCAAGAACAAAAAAAAAAAAAAAAAAAAGUCAAACGAAAUCCAAAUGAUCUCACUGCUCAAUAUUGAAUGCAGCCAAACUGAAAUUUGCAAAAAAAAAAAAAAACCAUGAGAUGUAUUUAUUUUUGCCUGUUUUAAUCAACAUGUUUUACACAUUAUAAAAGUACGGUUGAAUUUCAAACUCUGUUCACAGAUAAUGUCUGGUGCAUAAUGCAGAAACAGGCUUGGUUCACUUAAGUGACCAUACAGUCUUCAAACUGCAUGUGUUUAAUGUGCCCACACAUUAAUAACUAUUUUUUCUGUAUUAGAACAAAAGGUUUAAGUCAUACGUCUCUGUGGCUCUUAGUGAUAGAAGUGGACAGAGUGUGCGUUUUAUUGCAGCCGUCAGUUGUGUUUUUUUCACAACAAUAUGAAAAAUCCAGUGAUUAUAGUUCCCCUUAGAUGCAGCCUGACAGUCUGUCCCAUAGUCGCUCUCUCCCUGUCAGAGUGAUAAAAGACGGAUUCCAUAUACACAUACUGAAACACACAAACACUCUCUCACACACACACACACACUCACUCACACACACACACACACACACACACACUCACAUGCAGAGCUGGAAUCCCCCCUCAGACCACCUGCGUUCUACAGUUAACUGAAGCCAUGUGCCUGCUGGCUAAGCUAGUGAUGUGUGGUUUGGUCCUGUUGUGCCAUGGUUCCUCUCCUUAUGCCAUAAAUUUUAAACUGACCUCAGGCUCUAGAAACUCUGAUUCUCCUCUUUCUUUGCAUCCCAGUGUGCUCCAUGAUAACUUUGACUCACAGCCUGGACACUCUCUGUUGGACAAUACCUCAGCAAUGGAUUUAUCCUGGAAGCAUGUGGACAUUUCCACCAAAAACACAAAGAGGAGAAGGUUUACUGUUUCAAAAUGGAAUUUGGAUAAACAUCAUUUAGUUCAGUCAUUUGUUUGCUUGCAGUUGCACCUUUUCCCCUCAGUAACUCAUUGUAAGAAGUAUGGAUGGGGUCAUAUCACUACAAAUCAAAAUCUAACCUCCCUUUGCAAUCUCUUUUUUCUUGUCUUCAAUUCUAUCUGGACAGCAUGUGUGAUGAUUUUUGGAACUAAUUCUGUCUGUGUCUUUACUUCAUAAUCACGGCGCCUCAGCUCAUCUGUCAUGCAGCUCUUCAAGUGGACUUCAUCCUGUUUCACUUGAAGCAGUCUGUCAUGAAAACACCUGGCUGUGGAUGUAAUUUGUACACUAGACAGGUCACAGAUUAAACAGGGAAAUCCUCAUAAAUCUUGGUUUAUUAAGAUUCGAUUUAAUUUGCGAGGGAAAGUAUAUCAAUAUCUAGAUGAUGACAACCUGUGAUUGGAUUAUCCUUUGGGUCUUGGAUGUGUUUUGAAGACUACAUUUGGGCUUUGUACGGUUUCCUUUCCCAAGUGGAUAAUAUCUGUUAAAAGCCUAUGCUCUGUUCAGAACUUUUUAAUGGGUUUACACUCUAUAAACAAAUCUGAUUGUAAAUGGGAUUUAUUGGCACAGAUGAAGCAGACUGUAUCAGAUUAAGCUGAUUUGAUCAUCAAGUUUUUUUAGGUUCUCUUUUCAUCUGAUGGAUGCUCUGGGGUAUUUGGCUGAAGGAAGAUAGAACAUUAUCAGUUAUACCAUCCUGUCCUCAGUCCUGGCUCUGCUCCAUGCAGGAUAUGUCUCUUACUGAGCUCUGAUGAUGCUAACAGUGUAAUUAAGCUGUCAGUGGUCCAUGGCUGCUGUGUAAUUUGGGUUUCCAGUGGUUCAUCCAUGAUGUCGUCAGAUGGCAGCUUCUAAGGGUACAAGGAGGGUGAAAAGUUCAAUAUCUCUUUUAGCCGCUGAUGGACAAACUUACACUCUCACCACAGGACAUCUUCCAAUAAAUUAAUUUUUAAGAGGUAGGAAGUUUCUUCUCCUCAGUAGCAGAAGGCUACUGUUUUGAUUGGCUUGGAAAAGUGUGGCUCGGCCUGAAAUGAGCCAAAAAUGUUUCACAUAAUCAAGGGAAGUGUAUUGUAAAGGUCCAUCUCAAGUCUAGGCGUUGACUUUUUAGACUACUACAGCUUUAGGAGUAAGCUAAAUUGCACUGCCAUUAAUUACCUUUUUUGUGUUUAAAUUAACUGCAGCUUUGGACAGUGGCCCAAAGCUGCAGUUAACUCUGGACGCCAUUGACUAACCAAUGGUUAAUGUUGACUGUCUGCAGAGUUGAUGUCUAAGUCCGAUUGAGCGUGAUAAAUAUGCAACACCACGGUCCACAUAAGUGUAAAGCAGCUAUACAGUAUCGGUGCCAAAAUCUAACAAACUGCAACCGUUAAACAGCAGCAACCACAAAUUUAGUUGUCGGUUGUGAAAGUAUCAUCAAAUGUGAAAUGUUUGUCAGAAAGCUUUAUUUUGAAAGGGAAAUCGACGGCCAGUACUAUCCCUUUGACAUAACUCUGUUUAACUCAGCUGGAGUUCAGCCAUGCUACCGUGCCAUACAUGAAGGCAGUGAAAAAUAAUACAACCCAACCACUUCUACAUGUGCUCUGGCUCAUGUGCACUCAUGACUGAAGAUAAAUCAGUCCUGCCAGUAAACUCAUCCUGCCUUAAACCAAAGAUUAAAGUGGAAGCAACAAGUGUAACCGUACUCGCAUUCGCAAAAACCCAGGUGACCGUCUGACUGUCAGUCGCUCUGUACACUCCACCCUCCUGAUGUUUCUAAAUUGAUUCGAUGUGGUCACGCAGCUUAAUAGUGUGUAUACACUUCUUAAUUUGAAGAGCAGGACUAUGAUUAUGGGUUUGAUUCCCCGCUGGGGCCACCCAUGCUACAAACAAACACAUGCAGCCAUGGCUCUGCUCGGCAAGUCGCUGUGGAUGAAAGCCUUCCACCAAACGCUCGGCUCAGAGGUCGAUAGGAUGUGCCGGGAAAACCACUGAGCUCGCCGCUCCGUUUGAAGCAGAGUUUCUAUUAUGGUGUGUACAACCCAUUAAUCUAUUUUUACUGUCUUUCUCAAUGGCCUUCACUGAAAUAGAGACCAGAAACCUUUUCAGCGCAGUGCAUUACUUAAAGAUGACAACUGUUCAAAUCUUUGCUGCUGAAUUAUGAGAAGGGUUCAACAGAUUAGGAGGAACCCAAAUACAGAUGUAAAAGUAUAGCAGAUCAAAGGAGUGGCUGCAUACUGAGAGCACUUUGUUCUGAAUAUCCGUGCAUUUUGCGAAUGAUGACGAACAAGCACAGACGGAGUGAUAUAACAUGCUUUUUCCACUCAUGCAUUCGUUUGGUUCAAUAUAUCGUGUUUUUGAGAGCAAGUCUAAAAGUGAAUGACGUGAGUGUAAAAAAAUACAAUCGCAGGAAGAAGAUGAGUGUUGUGCAGCGGCUGAACUGUAGGACGGAGUGGGUGAGUGUUUUAUACUCUGGUGGUGAAUGGGGAAAGCCCAGUAACCUCCAACAGUUCUCUGUGUGAGCAGCAGCCAGGAGAAGAGACCGCAAAGCCACACCGAGGAGGACAUGAACACCGAUAAACAUGCACACACACACACACACACAAAAACACGCAUCGGCGCACACAUUCCUGCACGUACAUGCAUGGAUGUUGUGUCGUUUUUAUUGUAUGAAUUCAUUCAUUUUUGAAGAUGCGCACACAAACAUGGUCCAAAGCAGAAAACCACAUGCAAGCACACACACACAUACACACACACAAUGCAAGGACAGCCUAUUGUUAGUUUGUCCAAGCAGUGAGGAUGUAUCCCGGCCAACGGGAAAGUCCGCAGAACCAAUGGUGGAGGGACUUCAGGGUGGAAGGAGCCAGAUGUGUGACAUCUGGUCUGCAUGUGGCCUCGACCAGCUGCAUGGCUGCAUGUCAAACAUGUUCACCAACUGAUAUCUCACAUCUUAGGUUAGGCCAAAACUUCUCCAGUUCCUGCUCUGGUGAUGACACAUGAGGCUAUAGCUAAACACAGCAAGUCCAUCUCAGCAGGUUGCUCCAAAUCCAACACUUAAUUCCGUCUGUAUGGACGGGUUGCUUUCAUGCAAGGGGGAAGAUUUGUGGGUGUGGUGAGCUCUUGCUCCAGGGUGGCUUUGAACUGCUGUAGAUUAGCGUGGAAUCACGUCAGCUGCUGUUACAGAGCGAGCAGGCUGACUGGAGUGAAAGACUGCUGGUGAGGUCAGACAUCACAUGUCUGCACAAUUACUGUCUGUAACCCUGUGUCAUAGACUCCAGUUUAAUUAAAUGCAGAAAACCUGGCUGCACAAAAACAUCUGAAAUCAUUAAAAGUUUGGAAAAUAGUUCAAUUCCGCAAGUGCAAUAAAAUACAUUUGAUCCCUUAAUCAAGAGUAAUAGUAGGGAUAAAAUCAGUCUCACUGAAUUUAGAAUCAUUUCAGGUGGGAAGGGGAAAAUAUAAUCUGCAAAAAUGCAAACAUUAAGAUGAACUAUUGUAUCAAAGUUUCCCCUGCAUGAGUCCAUAUCCACAUGUCUGCUCAAACUUCUCUGUUUCCCUGAACGGCACUCUAUAAAGCAGAGGAAAUCUCUUUAGGACUGUGUGUCCACUAGGAGCUUCAACUUUACAGCUCUGACCUUUAUGUCAACUCUUUCUUACUGGAAGCUUUGGGUUGGCGAGUGCUCCGAAAUAUGAAAAUAUUUGAACCUGUAGCCAAAAAGGAGGCUGUGCACGAGAUGGGUUUCAUUACAGAUUUUUGUCACAGCUGUGGACUCAGUUCUAAAGCUCUUUUCUCUCUUUUUCCUCACAGCUCUUCACAGCCUCUUUUUCCUGGGCUUUCCAGCAGCAGGUUGUACCGCCAAAGUACCAGUACCGGGACCCUGUGACCUCUGACCUCCUGCUGUGUGACCAGUGCCCUCCUGGCACAGCUGUGAAACAACACUGCACGGCUGACAAGCCCACAGAAUGUGAGGCCUGUCCUGAGAGGCAUUUUGCAGAAAACUGGCACUGGGGGGACACAUGCCAAUACUGCACCUCAGUAAGUAAGAGGCCUGGACAUGGUCCUCUGAAUUCUUUAACUGCAUUUAUUUGUCUUAUGUCAAGGAGUAUUCUGGACCUCUUUUAAGAUGUUCUUGCACAGAAGAAUACAAGUGAAUCCAUCAAUUUUGACUCAAAUAUAUGGAAAAGAAUUCAACUGUUUACUUUUUUUUAAGCUAAAUGCCACUUUUUUUUCUUGGUUUCUUUUUCUUAGUUGCAUGACACCAUUGUUUUACUAUCUGAAGAGUCUUUUGUUAUUUCUUAAAACAACUGUUUCCACUUAAGUUAUUGUUACCAAAAAUGAGUUUGUAUGUGCUCACUGCUGUACAGAAAUGUUCCCCUGGAGUCUGGAUGCUUUUCUCUGCCACCCUCAGCUAAUAAUGAAGUACAGGAUAACUUCUGGCCCUCACUUUGAAUUAUUCUUGUAUUCAAUUAUUCUAUUUGGAUAAUAUGUCAAGAUACUUCGGUUUAAAGAACAACAUGUAAAAGAGCAAAAUACUGCUUAACAUGACUGGUUUUGUUCUGAAUGUAUGUACAUCAUGCUCAUAUGUUAGCUAUAAAACAGUCUUUCCUGUAUGUCAUUGUGCACAUGAAGCAGCACAAGGUCAGAGUGCCUGACACUGUUGUCUGUUGUGUUUAGGUGUGCAAGGAGAGACAACUAGUGAAGCAAAACUGUAACAGCACCCACGACCAAUUGUGUGAGUGUGCUCCAGGCUUCCAUCUUGUGGUAGAGUUCUGCAUCACACACAGCACCUGUCCACCUGGCCAUGGAGUGACAGCUUUAGGUAAGACUUGAGUUCAACUAGAGUUUAUCCUUGAUUUGAUUGUUGUGUACUGGCAGACUGGUUGGUAUGAUAAAAAAGCAAAAAAAAAAGGAGUAUACCUUAAGAAUAACCUCCUUUCAGGUGCACAACCACAUACAGAGUUACAAAAACUGUUAAUCUGUUUCACUCAAGUGUCACGGCUGGAUCAAGGCCAGAGAAAAAAACUGAGAGGAGACACGGGGCAAAUGUAUACGUUCAAAAUUUGAUUUCAAAAAUAGUAUUAUGUGUGAAAGAAAACGGCAAAAAGGAGCGUGGUGAGGGAGCAGCCUGCCAAACUAACUCCACCAAAGACGAAUGCCCUCAGCCUGCUUUUAUAGAAUGAGACACAUCGGGCCCAGGUGAUCUCAAUCCAGGACGACCCCUUCUAGCCACACCCACCUGCACCUUAACCCAUUUAAACCAGCACAGCAUGUAGGCAUUUCAACCUUCCAAGCCGAGAGCACGGCUGUGUACGCAUUUCAACCUUCCAAGCUGGCGGCGCCGCUGCACAUGUCUACUCUUCAAGCCGGGAGCGCGGAUACAUCAUUUUGUAACAUUCUGUAGUUUUUUAAUCUUUUCUGGAGUCGUGAUGAAUCAAAUCAUCAUACCCGUCUGCCUCUGAUAGGCUAAUAAAGCGUGAUAAAGGGAUCGGAUUCAUCUUGCUCCGUGCUUCGUGAGGAAAGUAAACAAUAACAGAGGCAGAGAGCAGCUUCGGAGGAGAAGCAUCCAGCAGUGUGAACAACCUCUGCAUAUUAAGUGCUUUGGCUCACACUGUCCGUGUUUUCUGAGAGUGUUGCAUGACUUUGGGUGAGCACAGAGAUGAACACACUGUCAGCCACUUAUUUAUUUUUUAGUGCUGCUUUUGUACUGGCACUAUACUAGGGCAGCUGCAUACCUUUUCAAUCCUUUUCAAUACUUUAUUUUUUCUAUUUACAUUUGUAUUGAAUGGACACUUUAUCAUGACUGCCACUUGUUUUACAGAAAGCAAAUUGUUUGUUAUUCUCCAGUGCAGAGCCUUUACUUUCAUUUAAACAGCCACUUCAUUUCAUUUGAGUUAGUUUGUUCAAGGUUUUCAAUAAUGUGAUGAAGGUUCAGAAAAAUAAAAGAUAGUCAUCUUGAAAGCCACACGACGUCACAGGUUUGACUGUUUUUGACUGUUGACUUUGUAGUGCAAAUGAAUGCAAAGCAGUUCCUUAUAAUAACCCUAAUACAUAAUGGGUUUCAUUCACAAAGCAAGGGAGAUCAGUAACAUGACAAAGUCAACUGUAACCAGGGCAUCAGUAUCCAAAUUAAAAAAAACAAAAACUUCAGGAAAAUUCAUUAAAAAAAUUAAGAUUCUUUGAACUUCACUCUGCUGAUCGGCAACACUGAGGAAGGCUGUCUGUGGAUACAUGUGAAAAGUUCAUCUUUGUGCUAUUCUGCCCAUAUUUAAAGUCAUUAACUCAACUCAAAAUGUAUUUAUAGAGCAUAUUAAAAACAACCAGGGUUGACCAAAGUGCUGUACAGUUUAAGAGCAGCAGGGAUGAUAAAAGUGACCCGUCAGCAGUUACAAGAAAUUAGAACACCAAAACACAUGCUAAAAAAAUGCAAUUAUAUAAAAUAGAAAGAAAAAUAAUUAAAAUUAAUUUAAAAAUUUUGCCAGAAGUCCAGUUAGAUUUGAUUAAAAGCCAGAGAGAAGUGAGUCUUUAGGGAAGAUUUGAAAAACCUCAAUCGAUUCUGCAGAGCUGAUUGUUCCAGAGCCUGUGGGAUGCCACCACAAAGGCUUGGUCACCUUUGGUUUUUAGCCUUGUUUAGGGGCCGAUUGGAAGACCUUAAUGUCCUGGCAGGGGCGUGGAUACGGAGGAGCCGGGACAUUUAGUGUGAUGACUUUUCUGCUUAUUUGGGAGUAUAAGGAAAACCAUAGGUAUCAAGAGGCUUUCUUGUCUGUUUUGUCAUUAAUUUGAGAUUAAUGACACAAGGAAGGCUCAGUGUUUAUUGCAGUUUUCAUAUAAACCACUCUAAAUAACCUAUUCAUCUUUCCUGGAGUCCUAUAUUCUCUGGGUUAUGAGAUCUGAUUUUUAUAGUUUGUAAAGAGGCAACUGUGGUGCUGUGAAAGCAGAGUCAUACAUCUAUGCCACAUGAGCAAUUUACAGUAAGAUGUCCUCUCCCUUAUACCACGGAAGAUCCUCUCUCUUACCCCUCUCUGAAUCAUAUCCAAUCCAGAUGCAAACGCCUCUUUUCACAGAAUCAAAUUUUCUUCGCAGUGUCCUAUUCUUUCUCAGAAUACCUCUCCUCUUCUCUCCCAGUUUUUCUUUCAGUAACAGACCAAAACAAACACAGACUGUCUUGGGAGUGGAGAAAUAUGCACAAACUUGCUCAAGAGAGGAGUUCUGUUAUAAAUGCAGAUUUGUUUUUCCAAAUGACAGCAUGAAACACACCUUCCCUUACGUCUCUCUUACACUGGCCUGCCCUGAAUGGUGGCAGUGUUGCCCUCAACUUGGGGGGUGUAACAUGAGGCAAUCCAUUAUUUUAGUUCCAGAAGAGAGUCAUAUACAUACCCAGGCCUGACACAGCUAUAGUCCAAAGAAGAGAUAAAUUUGUCUUUAACUUGUCAUUACAGUAGGAAACCACUUCUGCUUCAUAACUCAGAAAAAACAACUCUAUAGGCGUAUUUCUUUUUUAAUAUUCAUUAUAAACUAGAGUAAUAUUAAGAUAAAAAUUUGUUGGUUUGAUCGGGAGAGCAGAGAGAAACUGCUUGUCUUGGUUAACUGAAAGGCAAAUGGGGGAAAUACUCAUCGAUUCCUGAUUUCAAGUGAGUGUAGAUAAAUGGCUCACAUAUUUUUUUUUGCGGGUGUCAAACAGAAGGUUGAAUAUUUCUGGAUGAAUCCUUUCAUUUUUUGAAACUGUAAGUCAUGUCAAACCACAACCCUUCUCUGGAGGUCAGUUGGGUCAAAACUGAGUCAAAAAAGCCUCACUGAGGUCAGUUUGCUAUCAUGUGAUCACCAUGUUAUGAGUAGAAAUGAUGUGUCAUGCAGUCAUAUCUCCUCAAACAUACUUUGACAUCAUGUGGCUGGAACAAGUUCAGCUUUUUUUCCAACUACGAUGACGUCAUUUGAGGAAGCGUCAAUGUGUUGUCUGUGACUCCAAGUCACACUUCCUCAUGUGUUUAUGUCAGUGUCCAUGUGAUUUUGAAGGAUUCAUGUUGUGUUGACUUUAGAGGGAGUUGUUUUACCAGUUUUUGUGUUUCGCGGGUAGCUAUAAAUAAUCUUCAACCAUCUAAAAGUCAAAGAGCAAACCAUACUCUCCUAUAGUCCUCUUGACCCAAUAGCUAUAUUAAAGAGUACCUUCUAUUAAGCAUUCAAAUUUGAUUUGGUCUUUUGCAAUUCAGUGUCUGUACAAAAAAUUAAACCUUAAAAUGGCAAACCAUGUUUGGAAAUCCAACCUGAACCCUAACAUGAAUCUCUAAAUCCAUUAGCAUAAAACUGGGAGCAAGAAACAGUUUUGUCUGUCAGCUGCAGUCAUGGGUUAUUUAGAUAAGUGAAAACAAAUUUCAACGCUUAAACUUUUUUGGUGCCCAGCUCAAUUGUUUCAGACAAACUGAAAACAUGUAAUGUAAGACUUGAGUUUAAGUGGAGAACAUCUUUUUCUGGACUAUGAGCUGCACUUGUUCCCAAAAGUCUGUUUGUAAUCGUCAGAAAAAGCUUUAUUAUCACAACAUUAACUUCACUGGUACCCUCAUUCCUCUGUCCCUGUAUUAAAGGCUGACCCAUAUUGCAUCCUUUGGGACCAGACCAAUUUUCUGCACACAGCCAGGACCUGCAGAAAUUAAUGUUGGAUGAUAGUACUCAAACAAUAAAAGGAAAAACCAGAACACUUAUAAGAACAAAAACCUUAUUCCUCAUCUUCAGAUUCUGUGUUCUUAUUCAGAAUUUGUGUUUUAAGAUUAUAUAAAUGAAAUAAAUGUGUCAAAAGAACGAGUGUCUCCACAGUUCAGAUCUCAUAUCAAGUUAGUAGUUCCAUGAUAUAUUUUGCAUGUGUAAAUUAGCUUCCUCUUUGUACAUGACUAUACAUUUUUUACUGUUAAACUGUAAUUACAGAGGAAACCAUUAGGGUUGACAGUUUGUUUAGUUUAACUAAAAUGGCAUGACCUUUCCUCUGCAUUCCUCUGGGCUUCCUCUUGACAUUUGCUGGAGCACAGACGUAUCACCUGUCAUAAAGAUUUCUUUGUAAAUGCAACUAGGUCACUGUAUGAAAAUAAAGUACCUCUUUCUUUUUAGUGCCCAUCAGGAGCAAACAUGUUGCAACAGCCUGAAGUAUUGCAUUUGAAAGAAACAAGGCUUUCUAAUUUGGAAACACCAAAAAAUAAUCCAGAUUACAUGGAACAGAAAUGUCCUGCAGGAAGCUGAGAAAUGAAAAGAUCGAACUAUGCAAGUCAAAACAAAUGCAACUUAAAAAUACUGCAUAAACACUCACCACAGCAGGGGUUUAGACUGUCCGCCCUCCAUAGUCAACUCGUAUAUUUUUUUGUUUUAAACUCUGCCACUCUUGCAGAUCAUCCGGUAUGCCAUGUAAUCCCUAAGCAGAUAUGUAUCCACACAUGAGCUAUCCAGGCUCAUGAGCAAAAAAAUUUAAUUGAAAGAAACUCAGUUCUAAUCACUCAUUGGAUAUGUAUUUUUGUUGGCCAAAAUCACAACAAAUAUAAGCAAAUUUAAUACAAAGAGCAGGUCUGCACUGUACUCCACUCCACUGACAGAGUGCCAAUAGUAGUCCACCAUGGGGAGACUCUUGGCUUCAGUGCACUUGGAAAACUUGAUGUAAGUACAACUAUAAUUAUAUGAGGGAUAGUUGCGAUAAAGGUAUCCCUUCAGAGCCAAGCACCUCUCCUCACAAUAGAGCUCAAAUAUAGACAUUUUCAUCCCAGAUGACACCCAGAUAACAUUAACAUAUUGGCUGCCUGACCCUGAAUUCAUCACAGAUUCUGGACUAAGUGUGUCAUUAGUUAUUGUGGACAGCUUGCAGAGAUGCCGAAUUUCCACAUUCUUGUCAACAAAAUUUGAUAUUUCUACUGUAACCACAAAACAAACUGGCACCACACUUCUCAUGACUUCAUCUCAGACCCGAAUCCAGCCACUUGCUUGGAUGUAACAACAUUUUCCAUGGAGUGCGGUUAUUAUCCGACCCCCUGUAGCGCUGACCUCUCUCAGAGAUGAGACAACAUUUUCCGUAAAUUCCUCUAACGUGCAUGUACAUUUGGACUUGAAAGCCUAAUGGAGAUCUGCAGACAUGAGGCAGCGUUUCAGGGGAUUCCCCUCUCCAAGACUGAAGGACUCAUUAUGUAAUGUUUUGAGCUGCGGUUAAGACCUAAGACCACAGGAUGUUAGAAAACCGUUGGUUCAGACUCCCAAACAAUCCUUCUGUUCUCUUCAUCUGCUUAUUUGUCUGCUUCUAGUUGUGAUUCUCUCUCUGUCUAUGGAUGAAUUGUUUGAAUGAUGUCCAGCUGGUUUUACUGGCUUUUUGGAGACUUGUUUUAAUGGUAUCAACUUGGAAAGACCCAAUAAAACAAAGCAUGGAAGAAACAACCACAAACUUCACGGGUGAAGCAAUGCAUGUACUUUUUCUUUUUUAUAGAGGGGCUGAAUCAAAAAAUCAUCCCAGUUAUUAAGUUUUUAAGCAAAAGUAAUCUUGAUCAGACAAUUGUUUGUCUCAUCAAAAAAAAAAAAAACAUGAUGAAAACUGGUGUUCAGAAUUUUUUUAAGUAUCAGUUCAUGGAAAGGAAAACCAUUUUUUUUAAGUACCUUUGCUUGACAAAGUGCUGUGUAACCAAAGCAAGGGGAAGCUUAUCACUAAAGCUUCGUAAUUGACAGUUUUCAGAAAGCUUGAAGCUAUGACUAUUUUUACUUCAUUAUAAAAUAACAGCAUGAGAUCUUCACAGUGAAAAGUCUGAAACUGAAGACUGUAUAGUUUGAAAAAAAAUAGUAAUAAUAAAAUAAAUCAAUUAAAAGCUUUUCAUAUUAUGAAGGCUAUUCUCAUUUAUGUUCUAAGGCCAGUUUUCUGACAUUUGAGGCAAUUUUGCUAACUUGUAGAUUUUGUACAAAGACAAGAAAUUCAGAGAAAGAAAAACAGAUAAACCUGUGAGAACUGACACAUUCACUCAGUGUACGUGCUUUGCCAUUAGCGCUGUGGUAUGCAAAACAGCGGUUUCAUGUUUUCACGUUCAAGGUAAAUGAAAGAAUGUUCUGUGCCCUGAAAGCGGGAAACAAGUUAAAGGUCAAUUCUGAUAAUCCGCCCACAUGCCCUCACUUCCUAUUACGAGCUCGACAUAUAAAAAUAGAAAUGAGGAUGUGAUGAACACUAGUUCCAAUGUGUGGUCUCCUCUACGCUUUCAUCACAUCCUAGAAGCUACAGAGAUUUACUGUAAUGUUGUCAUAGUAACUACCAAUAAUGUAAAUCUAGUUGAAUAAUUACAAAAUGUCCCAAAAAGGGGGUUUCAUGCUGAUAGAUUUUGAAACAACCAGUUUCAUGACAUCAUUAAGAACAUUUUAUAAUGAUACGCAGUUAUUUUUAUCACUAUAUUAUCAUUUUAAAUUGUCACACAUUUUCAUUAGUAGUUGUUCAUUUACAUGUUACAUGCAAGUUUCCUUUUGUAAAGUAAUUUAAGGUAUUUCACUUGUGGUUUAUUGGUGCAUUUUAUUGAACAAUUCAGCAAAGAAGCAGCAAAAGCAGCAGCAAAAAAAAAAAUCCUGAAUAAAGAGUGGAUUUUCAUAUGAGUCAGUUUCAAUACUGAAAUGACUCAUCUCUUUUGCUGACUUUAUGAGGUUAAAGUCACAUGUCAUCUUAGCAGUAGUACUCAUGAUCAUCCUCAGCGUUGACCGACCAAUGGGGGAUUUCCUAUUCAAAAUUAUGUUAUAGAAACUAAGAAUGAGUCAUCCUGUGAAUCAGCUAUCACAUUUUAUAGUAGUUGCAGUUCUUAGAAUCACAUCAUCUUGAUAUUUGAACUGCUGUAAUGGUUACGGCAGCUCAUGUUUGCACAAUGAAAAGUAUUAAACUGAAUAUAUAUAUACAAAAAAAGUCUUUAUUGUAAAAAAGAAACCUCUGAUUAUUUUGUAUUUUCCUCACUCAGGUACACCGGUGAGUGACACUGUGUGUAAACAUUGUCCGGCUGGUCAUUUCUCCAGCAGCAGCUCCUCCACAGAGCCGUGUCAGCCCCACAGAAACUGCUCUGAUUUAGGCUUGAAGACACUAAGAUGGGGCACGUCCACUUCAGACAGCCUCUGUGGGUUGGGCUGCUCUCAUCAUCCCACUGUGUGCCACACAGGUGAGGUAUUUUCACACUUCAGUUACAGCACCAAAAACCUUAUCACUAACUGUAUAGGAGAUUUGGAGACUAAUGCAUGAUGGAAAAUGAGUGCAGAUUGCUUUCCCUGCUCACACACAGCAUCCACAUACACACAUGUAAUGCUUUUCUUGAGCAAACCUCAAUUGUCAACAAGUUAAGAUCUGUCAGUUCUGAGUUAUUUCAGCAAUGUGGUCAUUCUCAUUCCUGGAGGCAGGGGAUUUCCUUGGUCAUGUUCCUUGUCCAGAUUCCUUUCUUUUCCAAAAUUCUUGCGUGUAUGAACACUAACACUCGAGAGUAAAGCCAGAGCAAAGGGUUGAAUGGGAUGUUUACAGCAACUACUCUCAUAACGACCCAUGAUGGAUCAAUUACUCCCUAAACUGUCAUAUCCUCAAACUUCAAUAACAAAGGAAACUGAGUCAAGCACAAGACGAGCUGGUUAGUCUUUGGUAUUCAGACUAUAACUAUGGCAGAUGUUGACAAUUUAUUUGAGAGGACAGGCCUCAAAUAUGAAUGAAUUCCCAAAGUUUGAGAAACCACAUAUACUGGAGAACACACACAUGCAGAUGUGGGGACACUGGCACACUCAUACACACUUAAAAGUAAACACAGAAAGCUGUUGUCCUCAGGGGAGGGUGAUGCUCUCCUCAAAUAUUCAUUCACAAAUUGUCUGUCUACAAAGUACACAACCGCAGAAACUCUCAAGCAGAUCCUGGAACAGUUCAGCAGGGAUUUUAACAAAUAAUGUGAAAUUGAAAGCAGUUGGGAUUCCCGAAGUUGCGAUGUGAUUUUGAGAAACCACCAGCAUGUCAAUGUGGAUUAUAGGGAAAGCCACAGUGAAAGAUCCAGACAUCACAGAAACAGCCUAAUACCUCCAGAAACAGUCAACUCAACCGUAGUACACUUAGAUUAAUUCAAAUUGAAUGGGGCUUUAUUGGCUCUUGUCCCAUGUGUCCUGCAAGUGAAUCAGAAUCCACUGCUCUGGCUUUGCACCAUAAUUAUUGUCAGGUAAGGACUGACAAUACUAGUAAUAGUAGCCUUUAAGUUUUCCAAUAAUAUUAGAGAAAACUUGAUCUUCAAUAUUGCUUCAUAAUAAUCUAGGAGGACUUGGCCUGUGAAAAUCUAAGGUGCAAGAAUAAUAAAGUGAAGGCUGUGAGUUGUAUUUCAAAAAUGAAGCACGUUUGAGCACUAAUGCCUCUUUGUACAUUUAAACAAAGCAUUCAUUUUUGCCAUAUCAUAAAGCCUUGUCAUAUUUCACAUAGCUUACAACUGCUGUUAGUUGAGUUACAGGAGUAAACAGCAGAUUUUUUGAGCUGUUCGCCCGUUUGUUGGCCAUCGCACAUAGGAGUUCAUACUUAAAGAUACUUACUUAAAAGACAUACUUAAAAGAUUUCCUCUGCUUGGCUACUGGAAUUUAAAUGUUAUACCUGUAUAUACAAUCUUUUGCUGAGUUUGGUCAUGAAGGUCUACUAGUAAUCUUCAUGGUGCAAACAAACAAAUUCCCUUAGUUACAACUUAACUAGUUUCAAUGUCUAAUUUAGUGUGGCCCUACACCUACACUUAAGACACAACAUGUGCAGAGUCAGCGUUUGACAAAAUUCAACAGGGGUGGGGUGGGAUGGGGGGUUGAGACAACUGCAGGGGCGCAAGAAUUCUUGUUCUUUAUAUUCUAUAUAUGCAUAUUUUUGCCAUUUAAAAACAAAGCAAGUUUCACUCUUAAUCAAGGGCGUAGAAUUGGGUAGGGACGCGUCCCCUAAUCCCUAACCAAUAAUCAGCUGCUAAAGUGUAGUCCCUAUCAAUACAACUGCUGUCCAUAGUGUUCAAGCAAUGAUGAUGGCACACAAAGGGUUAACAGUCGGUCUCUGAUAGCAGUCCCGCCUCUAACUUAAAUAUUGCUCUUCGAUUGGCUGCCGGUUUCUCGCUUACGUACAUGUAAUUGGCUGUCCCCGCUGUCACUACAUCUGCCUGUAAAAGUUACCUGCUAGUUGGCCCGGACAGGAGGCAGACCGUGCAUGUUGUCUGCAACCGCCAAGUGUGAGUUGUCAACAUGUUUGGCAUAUUAUGCCUAAGUCAUGUCAGCUUCAACGGAUUUUAAUUUCAGUGGUGUCAUUAACAUUUACGUUUGUGUUUGUGUCGGGUUGAGUGCGUGCGCGUGUGGUACAGGAUUUGAACGAUGUCAGGAGGACAAUUUUGUGUCCCCAUCAAUGUCAAAAUCAAACUUACUCCCUUGCUCUAAACUCUAAAAUUUAAAUCUAUGCCCACAAGCCACUGCACCGCAGCUGAAAGCCACUUCCCUUCCUCUCUUUACCCUCUUCGCCCUCCGGUGAGCACAUUCAACAAUUAAAUAACCAUGAACGCCAAACGAUAACAAUAAUCUAAAGAUAACUGUACCUUUAAAACUGGAGCUGGAGGCGGCGAGUGCUGCUGCUAAACCUCCUGAGAACAGUGUCCCUCGUACUUUUGCGGGUCAGGUCUCUUUCAAAGGCAAGCUGAACCAGCUGGGCCUUUCUCCUGUGGAGCAUCGCACGGCUGAGAUGUUCCUCAGUGUAGACAGUGAAUUUUUGCACAUGGCAGUGGAGGCUCCGGAAGUUAGGCCAUGUCUGAGUGCGGCCAGUACGCUCAGCAUCGCAGCCAAAUGUGCGUGAUAUUUUGACAGGAUGCACCGGAUUGUCCACCUUUCUUCAUUUCUAGCUGUUUUCUGCCAGCUGAAAAAACUCUCUGGCGACCUCAAACAACGACAAAUGACCAUGUUAGUUCCAUUAUAUGCCUCAUAGCUGUUAGCCCUCAUCCAGAAAGUUCUCACUUUUUAGGGCGCUCUCUUCUGAAGUCAUCUGGCGGGUGGUGGCUAUUGUUGCUUGCCGUUAGCUCUUGGAACAAAAGUUUACUCCGCAGCUGCUUCACCGAACGCCUUUUCUCCUGCCUUCGGUUGGUGUAGCUGAAUGAGACCUCGGCGGAGCACCUUUCAGCCAUUUUGUAAUAUCUAUCUCUUCGCAGUUUGCAACAUUUUACUAGUCUCUCUUUAAAAAGUGCGCCAAGAACUGUCAACAACACAACGUAAUGACGUCAAAUCAAACAAAACCAGUGGGUCAUGGGUCAUGCUCAGACCAAUCAACACCUCUCUUACUAGCCUGCAGAUACCGUUAACAUUUUUUUUCCUCCUGUGUUUUUAUUCCUAUUUAAACACACAUUUCCUGAAAUAGUUUUUGUAAAUAUUACAAAUAUUACAAGAAACUAUUAAUUUUAUGAAUAUAAUAAUAAUGACGCCGACACCAUGUAUGUGUAAAAUAUGGUAUAUCUAAUAUAUAUAGUAUAAAUACAGUGAAAUACCACCCAAUAGCAUUACAAAGCAUUGUGGGGAGCCAAGAUUCUUGAAAGGUGAAUCCAAAUUUGAGAAAUUUGCUCCAUAUUUAUGAAUUUCGGACUCUUUCUAAAUCAAAUAAUCUUUUUUCUGCGUUUUGGGACAUUAUUCAGACAGACAGUCAGACAGACAGAAAAUGAUGCAUUUUUUGUGGUCUUAACCAGUUGUCACUGUUCAAAUGCUCUUUUAUAGUCCUCUCAAAUCAUGCUGUAAAAAUCUGUUUCCCUGUCAUAUUAGUGCAUGACUGUAAGUGGCUCAGACAGGAUGACUGUAAAUGUUAAACCGACAAUAGCGACAAUGCCAAUUGACUGAGUAGUGGUGUAAUAUAAAAUUAUUUGCUACUAAAACAUUAUUGUACAGCUGGGGUUGUAGCAUCUGCUAUCGAUUCACAUCCCGAUAGAGCCCCAGCUGAAGUUGUAAUUUUUCCGAUGUACUUGAAGUCUGUGACUAUGUUCGUAAAGCUGUCAUCUCUGUCUUUCUCAAACGAUUCAGAUGUGACCCUGUGUGAAGAGGCCGUCUUCCAGUCCCUCUCAUCACUGGGACUGUCCUCUGUGCCCCUGGAGCGGCUGUUGGAGAGUCUCCCAGGGCGGAGGGUGGAUCACAAGAGUCUGGAGAGACUGAAAAAGGCUUGCUCUCCUCAGCAGCAGGUCCUCCAGCUGCUGCGGCUGUGGAGGGAGCAGAACAAGGACCAAGACAAGCUGUACGGUAUCAUACAAGGUACACAAACAGUGCUUUUUGAGUUUAGCAUUUUAUUCUUUCAGUCCAGUUUGUGGUUUUAAGUUUGCAUCCUGUUUUUUACUAGGUGUCAAUCACUGUGAGAGGAAGGUCUCUCGCUGCAAUGGCCUAAAAAACCUGACACUAGAUGACCUUAUGAUGGUUACCAACACCCUGCCAGGGGUCAAAAUACGCCCGGAGGAUGUCCGAACUGUUGUCUCUACCUGCCCCCCCAGACAGUACAUCCUGCAGCUUCUUCACCUCUGGAAAACAGUGAACUAUGAUCUGGAUCUAGUCAAGGGUCUGUCUCACAGCUUAAAGGAGAUGCGCAGGCAGGGGGCACCACGCUACCUGGUGAGAGGCCUGAAGAAGAUCAGCCGUAUCAUAGGAACCACAUCUGCACACAAGAUGUACGAGAAGAUGUUCAUUAAUAUGCUUCAGGACGAGUCGUGUUUUAAAGUUCAUAAGCCUUUAAAUGAAUAGAGAACUGGGAGAUACAAACUGGAAUAUACAGGACCUAAACUGAAAAAUGGCACUAAAGCAUCAUCAUUGAGUAAAACACAAACAUUAGGAAAACUUUUAGUUCACAGGGAGUAAAUAUUCAUAAAUGUGAACGAUUAACAAAUUCUGGACCAAAUGAUAAGGUCUGGUCUUUAACACUACAUUUAUUAAUAACAAGCAUUUCAUUAAGUGCCAAGGUUAAUUUUUUUUCACCUGUCAAAUUUAAUGAGUGGUAAAAAGGGUUUCUGAAAAAACUCACCCUCAGGCUUUAACAUCUGUCUGCAGAGAUAAUCAGGAAGCACCAAUAGUAUCAACAAACAAACACACACAUCAGUGUAUUUCAGGCAAAUCCAAACAAAUCUUUUAAAGUGUCUUCGGGGCUUUUUGACUGGACUCUGUGAAAAUGAAUAAAAAUCUAUUUAAGAUGUAAAUAUCACAUUAUUUUAUGGAA